AGUUGGACCUUGUAAUAGGCAUUCUCUGGCCAAGAUCAGCAGAAAUCUCUUACCCAGUAUAGGGAAGGACCAGGAAUGGAGAAGUCAAGAAUGAGUAGAUUGGGAAGGAAUUUUUAUAUUGAUAUGUGGUGCCAGUGAAAGUUGCCAUUAUAUUGGCCCAACAUGAAGAGAGUGUCAGUGAGCACCAGAUACAUGUCGACUCACACGGAGGAGCAUAUUUCUGCCAUCACUGCCCCAGAAAAUUCAGGAACAAAGGGACUCUCAUGGUCCAUCUUCGGGUCUUCCAUCGACAGAGAAAUGCAACAGAGGUUCAUGCAAGACUCCAAGAAAAUAAGGGCAACAGCAUCAAUGAAGCUGCAUCUUCAGCCAUACAGCCAAACUACCCGUCUCCAGAGGCUACAACCUCCAACAGGUGAGACCCCAUACCGUUGUGAGAUCUGCAGUCGGGGCUUCACCUUCCAGCAGUCAUACCACAAGCACCGUCUCUAUCAUUCUGAGGAGCGACCACAUAGGUGCGACCAGUGUCCUAAGGCCUUUCGGGAGAUCUCAACCCUUCACAACCAUAAGCGAAUACAUACAGGGGAGAAGCCUUAUUCAUGUGAAGAUUGUGGAAAGCGCUUCCGGCAACGUGUUGGCUACAUUGUUCAUAGAAGGAUUCACACAAAUGAGAGGCCAUAUCAGUGCACAGCCUGUGGGCGACAUUUCCGAUACAAAGUAACACUCCACUCCCACAAGUGUUUGGCUGUGUCCAAAGGGAACUCAGAGUCAUCCCACCGGGUUAUGGAACCUCAUCCAAUCACGUUUGGGAUGCUAGAAUUUCCAGAGCAGAGCACAGUGGAUCGCAUUGUCUUUGAACAAGCUUCACGCCUCCUUGCCCUUGAACUUGCUCCUGAUUCACUAAGCUAUGGCUUCUUCAAGGAACUCCGACCCUCAGAACCCUUCAUCACAGAGUAUCUUCUUGGUGAUUGGUUCAACUUUACUGAAACCCAGAUCUACCAAGAUGUGUACCCAGUGUGGACAUAUUCAUACUUGGCCACCCUGCCAGUAGUGUUCGCUGUGACUGACUACUUCCGCUACAAGCCAGUGAUCAUCCUGGAGGGGAUUGCCUAUGUGGCCACCUACAUCAUGCUCAUCCUAGGCAACUCUAUCCGCAUCAUGCAGAUGGUGGAGUUCACUUAUGGCAUAGCAUCUUCUACUGAGGUGGCCUACUACACCUACAUCUAUGCCAAGGUGGAGAAGGACCAGUACCAGAAGGUGACAUCAUACACUCGAUCUGCAUUCUUGACAGGACGGUUUGCUUCGGGUGCUAUGAGUCAGAUCCUCACAUCCACAGGGGCCAUGGACUUCUAUGAGCUAAACUUUUUCACCUUUGUCAGCAUGGUGAUCUGCCUGGGGAUUGCAUUUGCCCUUCCAUCUGUGGAGUCCAGCAUUUAUUUCCAUCGACAGCAGCGCAUCCGAGAGGUUGAGACUGGCACAACAGUUAAAGGUACUCCAAGGCAGGAAUCAGGACAAGAAGAACCAACCAAGUGCUAUCAGGCUUUUGGGUUCAUCUGGGAGGACUUGCGCUAUGCAUUCACACGUUGGGACAUCAUCAAGUGGUCUGUUUGGUGGGCAUUUGGGACAUGUGGGAACUAUCAGGUUGGGAACUUCAUCCAACCACUCUGGGAAACAAUCCAGCCAUACAAUGCCACUCAGGGACAGAUCUACAAUGGAGGUGUUGAGGCUGCUUCCACCCUUUCUGCUGCAGCAAUUGCAUUUGCUGUGGGGUAUGUAACUCUGAAUUGGGGCUUGAUUGGGGACCUGGUCCUGGGGAUUGUAUCCUUGCUGGAGGCAACUAUGCUAGGGCUGAUGUCCCAAACGCAGAACAUCUGGGUCGCCUACAUUGGCUAUGUUGUUGUUCGCAUGUCCUAUCAGGUCAUGAUCACCAUCAUCAGCUUCCAAGUGGCGAAGGAGAUCCUGCCAGACAGUUAUGGUUUGAUCUUCGGUGUGAACACAUUUGUGGCGCUUGUUCUUCAAACCCUGCUCACUGUGAUUGUUGUUGAAGACAUUGGAUUUGCCCUCCUCCCUCGCGAGCAGUUCAUGGCAUACUGCUUUUACUUUUCGGCAUUGGGUGGGCUAUUCUUCCUCAUGGGGACAUACACAGUGGGAAAGCACUGGUGUGGCAGGAACAGCAGAAGCUCAUCCCCAUCCUGGGACCACCCUCCGUCACUCCUCUCAGCAAGGCAUCUCACCUCAGACCACAAGACAGGGGACAUAGCCCUUGCCCAGACCACUGAGCCAAGAACUGACGAGAGUGGAUAUUAUUAUUUGGGUCUGCUAAUCAACUGCUAUUCGCACAGUGACAUGGCAGCAGUGUUAAAGAAGCGAGCCCUGGCCCAGUAUAGUCAGGUGGUAGAAGAAACAGAGGAAGUCAGUCCUCCAAAACGGCUGCGCCUGGUGAAGAGGCCAGAGGGAGAUCGAGGGGUGCUCUCAGUCAAGGAUCUCCUUGCAGCAUUCUCUGCUGCUCCUGCCCCAACAGAUGCCAUCAAGCUUCUCCUUCAUAUCUCUCACUCACUUCCCUCCAUGUCUAAGGAGGAAUUGUCUGAGGUGGAUGGGCAUCUGUUGAGAUGCUAUGCAGAUCAGGGGAAAGAUGUGCGCAAAUGCAUAAUCUCUGUCCUUGCCCGUAUUGGAGCCCACCCACUUGCAGAACCCAAGGCAGUGGUGGAGAGGGUAGUGGGAAUGGUGAAGAAGGAAAAAUGGAAGAAGGUGAAGGCAGCAGGUCUGCGCACGCUCCAUGCCUUUGGCUCUGCUCUCCAGCUGGAGCAUCCCAAACUCCGACUCAAGAUCCUCCUUGCUGCCAAACAGGCAUUAAGUGAGGGUCAUCAUGCAGUACAGAGUGAGGCACUGAGGAUUAUUGGGCAACUGAGUGGCCCAUCUGAAAGUGGAAGCAUUAAGUUGGCAUCACUCCAUACACAGAAUCAGGAUCCUCGUGUCCGUACUGCUGCUUACCAAGCACUUUUGGACAUGAACCAUAGAGGAGUGAAAUUGGAUCCAGGAAUGUACAACAGGGUAUCAUCAGGGUUGAAAGACGACUAUGAGCAAGUGCGCAAGAUGGCCCUCCAUGUAGUCUUCACCAUCAGUCAAGCACAUCCUGAACAUGCAGUGCCACUGUCAGGAAACCCAGAGUCAACAAUCCGCCUAGCUGAUGAUGCUUUUGCCCUCAUCUGUAACGGUAUCAAUGACCUGUCAGUGGAAGUGCGAGCACUGUCAGCUGAGCUCCUUGGCCAUAUGCGGCGUGUCUCUCAGCCUUUCCUUGACCAGACACUUGACAAGAAGCUCAUGUCUGACAUGCGGAGGAAGAAGUCUGCUCAUGAGCGUCAGAGGGAGAUGCAGAGCAGCGGUGAAUGGUCUUCAGGACAGCGGUGGGCUGAUGAUGCUCCAAAGGAUAACCUAGACUCUGAAUCCAUCACCCUCAUGAACAUUGGGGCGUGUGGGGCAUUUGUACACGGCCUCGAGGAUGAAUGCAUGGCGGUGCGGAUGCAGAGCAUCGACUCCCUGACAGCCCUGGCACUGCAGUCACCCUCAUUUGCUCUCCAAUCCAUUGAUUUCCUUGUGGACAUGUUCAAUGAUGAAAUCGAAGCUGUGCGUGUGAAGGCCAUUGCGGGACUCCAACAAAUUGCCAACUUCAUUGUCCUUCGGGAGGACCAGCUAGACACCGUACUUGCUGCCCUUGAGGACUUCUCACUGGAUGUACGGGAAGGGCUUCACCAGCUCCUGGCAACAUGUCGGCUGUCAACCAAGACCUGCAUGCGCACAUGUGUUGAUGCCCUCCUUGACAACCUCCGACGAUACCCUCAGGAUCGCCGAUCCCUGUGGAGGUGCUUCAGGGACUUGGGAACCCAUCACCCAGAGCUGGUCCUCAUGUUAGUUCCUGAGUUCCUCAUGAUACAUCCGUUCUUUGAUUCACCUGAGCAUGACCUCCAGGACCAAGGCUAUAACUGGCUGAAGAAAGGGCUGUUGAAUGCCAAGACAAAGAGCAACAUCCUAGCCAUUCAGGACCAGUGCAUUAGAACUCGUAACUACGAGAAGCACAUCCUGAAGCUGGAUGUGGAAGACUGCUGCAGAUGCUGUCAUGGACCACCCAAAACGGUUCACCACCUCCUUAGUGCCUGCCCCAAACUAGCCCUGAGGGAGUACUUGUACAGGCAUGACCAGGUGUGCAAAUAUGUGCACUGGUGUGUCUGCAAGCAAGCCGGCCUGGAUGUCCCAGAGAAGUGGUAUGAACACCAGCCACAGUCUGUAGUAGAGAACGCCUCCACCAAGGUGGACCAGAAGGAUCUUUCAGGUGUGAAGAGUUCAUCUGGAGGAGGAGGAGGAAGCAUAACAGAGAAGGAAGUACCCACCCCACACACACAGGAAUUCCUCAAGCAAGUGCUAGAGCGGGUGGCUGUGGGGGGAGGGACUCGGGGUUGGAGGCGGAUCCUGGAGACAGGGAUCCAGGACCUGGGAAAGCUGGCUGAGAUGGAGCCCUCACUCACCUCUUCUGCCAACCUUGUCAUCGCCUUCUUCAGAUCUCAGCUCCUCAUGGACAAGGUCCUGGCAGAGAAGAUGUGGAUGUCAGGUGAGGACAGCCUGGGAUCCAAUGUCUCCUCAGCCACUGUCCUCAGUGAGCUCCUUCAGCUGCAACUCAGGCAUGGACCAAAAUGUAGGUUGGAGCACAAGUUCCAGGGCCUGUGCAGGUCGGAGGAGGCAUCAGUUUGGGAGCAGGGACUCCGCUGCUCCGUCCUUUCCACUCUUGCAUCCCUCCACAGCAAGAGGGCUUCUGUCGAUGUCCUCCUCUCUGCCCUCAAUGUGAAGCUGCAGCGACUCAUCGAGUAAGUCG